AUGGGCAACUGGCUGGUCAACCACUGGUUCUCAGCCGCCGUCCUCGUGAGCUGUGACUUUCCCCCACAGGCAGCCUGGCUGGGCAUCAACAUCUUCCUCUUCACCUACUACUUUCUGUUCUUUGACCGGGACGAGCGGUAUUUCUACACCAGGGCCAUCCUCGGGUCUGCCUUGGCGUGGGCUCGAGCAUCGGCCAAGUGCCUCAACUUCAACAGCAUGCUGAUCCUGCUGCCCGUCUGCCGCAACCUGCUCUCCUUCCUCCGUGGGACCUGCUCGUGCUGCAGGCGGACGUUGCGGAAGCAGCUGGACCACAACCUCACCUUCCACAAGCUGGUGGCCUAUGCAAUGGCCCUGCUCACAGCUGUGCAUACCAUCGCCCACCUCUUCAACCUGGAGCGCUACAACCAGAGCCAACAAGCCACCGACGGCAGCCUCCCUGCUGUCCUCUCCAAGAUGCACCUGCAGGAUAGCAAGUGGCUGAACCCCAUCCACUCCAACCAGACUACCGUCGAGUACGUGGCUUUCACGACCAUCCCGGGGCUGACGGGGGUGAUCAUCACGCUGGCGCUCAUCCUCAUGGUCACGUCCUCCACUGAGUUCAUCCGCAGGAACUACUUUGAGCUCUUCUGGUACACACACCACCUCUUCCUCGUCUACUUCGCCGGCCUCGUCAUCCACGGCAUCGCUGGGCUGGUGCGCGGGCAGACGGAGCAGAGCAUGGCAGAGGUGCACCCCUAUCACUGCGCCGAGUACCUCACACAGCGCGAACAGAACUGCACCCACUCCUGCUGCAAAGACCCCGAGUUUGGGAGCAUCCCUGCCGAGUCCUGGAAGUGGGUUCUUGCCCCCAUCAUCCUCUAUGUCUUUGAGCGGAUCCUGCGGGUCUGGCGUGCGCAGCAGAAGGUGGUUGUCACCAAGGUGGUCAUGCACCCUGCCCGCGUGCUGGAGCUGCAGAUGCAGAAGAAGGGCUUCUGCAUGGAGGUGGGGCAGUACAUCUUUGUCAACUGCCCCACCAUCUCCCCGCUGGAGUGGCACCCCUUCACCCUCACCUCGGCACCAGAGGAGGACUUCUUCUCCAUCCACGUCCGGGCGGCUGGCGACUGGACAGAGCGUCUCAUCGACACCUUCCAAGUGGAGACACCCAGGAUUGAGGUGGAUGGUCCCUUUGGCACGGCCAGCGAAGACGUGUUCCAGUACGAGGUGGCCAUGCUGGUCGGAGCGGGAAUCGGCGUCACCCCCUUCGCCUCCAUCCUCAAGUCCAUCUGGUACAAGUUCCAGCAGGCUGACCAGACCCUCAAGACCAAGAAGAUCUACUUCUACUGGCUCUGCCGGGACACAGGAGCCUUUGCCUGGUUUAAUGACCUGCUUGCCUCACUGGAGCAGAAGAUGGCCGAGUCGGGCAAGGCAGACUUCCUCACCUACCGUCUCUUCCUCACUGGCUGGGACACCAGCAUCGCCAACAACGUGGCGCUCCACUUCGACACCGCUACGGACACAGUGACGGGCCUCAGGCACAAAACCAUCUUCGGGCGGCCCAUGUGGAACACAGAGUUUGCAGCGGUGGCUGCAGCCCACCCCAGGUCGGUGGUCGGUGUGUUCCUCUGUGGGCCGCAGGCCCUGGCAAAGAGCCUGCAGAAGUCUUGUCACCAGCACUCCAGCCUGGACCCCAGGAAGGUCAAAUUCUACUUCAACAAGGAAAAUUUUUAAGCGGCAGCGAGGCUGGCGCCCCAGCAGGCAGGGACCUCGAGUGUAUUGCCUCAAGCCUUUUCUGUGAGGGGAUAAGCAUCUGUGCAUGCACUGAAGGCAGGCAAGACACAGCAAGGUGCUCCGUCUCCAUGAGAAAUUCCAGGUUCAAAGACCGCUGCCUGCCUUUCCUGGCGUACAACGGGUCCUCAUGGAGCAAGUGGCCCCGUAGCUCCACCCAGUCCCCUUACUGGGAAACCAAAGGCUCCCUCUGUGAUGCUGCUGGAGCAGCAGGAA